UCUACUGCCCCCAGCUCUGUGCCCGUCCGCCCCAUUGAGCCCCCGAGAUACUCACGGAUCAAGAACUGGGAAGUGGGUACCAUCGCCUACGACACGCUCAGCGCCCAGGCCACGCAGGAGCUGCCCUGCAGUGGGAAGCGGUGUCUGGGCUCCCUCAUGUUCCCCAAGCAGAUGGUUUGCCAGGCAGACGAGGGGCCCCCACCCAAGGAGAAGCUGCUGCCCCUGGCCCGGGACUUCAUCCACCAGUACUACAGCUCCAUCAAGCGGUGAGUGCCCCCCCACCCCCCGCAGGGACUGCCAGACGGCCAGAAGGGAAGCCCAGCGCGCGGGGGCGGGGGGGCUUUUCAUAAACAACCAACAAACCCCUCCGAAGCCCAGGACUCGGGGGCGGAAUUCAGCUGCCCAGACGCCGCUGGGGAAGUGACACAGCGGGGCCAGAUCCUGCGCCGGAGGCAGCUUCCUGCCGCGGGGGGAGAAGGCGCCUGAGGAGAGGCGGCUCGGCCUGCGACUGGGACAAUAGGGAGGAGCUGGUUGGGAAUUUCGAAAUGGGAGAAGGAUCCCGCAGGAUCGGUUCUGGGGCCGGUUCUGUUCAAUAUCCUCGUCACUGACCUAGAUCCUGGCACAGAGACUCCACUUACAAUGGUCACGGACUCCCAGGACUCGGGCUUUCUCAGCUCCGUGCGGUCCGUGGGGGGAACCCCCUUCAGUGUGACAGCCC